AUGAACUUACAUGACAUCUCCUUCACGAGCCGAGGCUUAGUGGUACUUGACGAGAUCCGCCUUCCCCAUAGGAAAGCAUUAACUGACAUCCUGGGUGGUUCCGGCGCUUACGGUGGGCUUUCCUGCUCUGUAUCUCAUGCGACCAAGGAGUUCAAAUACACAACGCCCAUCCUCGCAAUUCAGGAUAGCAGCUUGAAGAACACACCACUCCUAACAUCCAGGGCAUAUCACUAUCUUGAAACGCCUCAAAAUAUUACGAUCCGUCUCUCCAGUCUCCUUGUGCUUAGGGAAAAGUCAGGCGUACCAGAACGCCCACUCAUUAUCUGGGAACCUGCCCCAUUCUCGUGUACAGCGGAAAAUUUGCAAAGCUGCCUAGACGCCGUAUGUAUGGUCGAUGUGUUCUCCCCAAAUCACCUAGACUUAGCCGCACUAUUUGGGCAAUCGCGACCAGCCGUUGCAGACAAGGAUAAGAUCGAGGCCCAGGCACUGCGGUUCUUGGACAGCGGCGUGGGCCGUGACGGAAAGGGUACAGUAAUUGUCCGAGCAGGUGAGCAUGGCUGUCUCGUUAUAGCUCGCGAUACGUCUCCUAUCUGGCUACCGCCGUUCUAUCGGUCUAGACCUGGAGAUACCCCGCACGCUAAGGUAGUCGAUCCCACUGGCGCUGGUAAUGCAUUUCUCGGGGCAUUUGCUGCUGGGUAUCUGCAGACGGGAAGUCUCGUUUAG